AUGGAUCUUAUAAUUCCGCGGCUAGAUUUCCUCUGGUCUGUGAAGCUCUGGGCUGUUUUCCACACAAUCAUCUGGCUUCAUCGUUAUGUCCGCCUUAUUGUUCACUGCAUCAGUCACUGGACGUACAAAUCUAUAGUUCCGAAUUGGGAGAAACCAAGAUACACCUCGAACGACGUCACGGUUAUCGUCCCCACCAUUCACAAUCGGCCCCAAGAGUUUCAGCCGUCUCUGGAGAGCAUUCUCGCCUGCAGACCGGCCAAACUAGUUUUGGUCACCACCUGGGACAAGCAUGAUGCGUUGGAGAAGGCUUCUUCGGCUCUCCGUGGGGUGAGCAGCACGCAUCCGACGGUGAUCGAAGUUUUGCACGUUGAUAAGGCCAACAAGCGGCUUCAAGUGUGCAGGGCACUCGAGGGAGAUCAUGUUCAGACUCCCAUCACGGUUAUGGCCGACGACGACGUAGAAUGGCCUUCGACCCUUAUGCCCUGGCUUUUGGCCUCGUUUGAGAACAACAGGAUGGGUGGAGUGGGAACAUGCUAG